AUGACGCAUCCCAAGGAGACAUUCCAGUGGUUAACCAUAAUUCAAACACACAGAGAGCUGGAAAAGGAGCUGGUGCCGGAAUGGAGGGUGAUGUAUCUUGAUUAUAAGACGGGCAAGAAGAAGAUCAAGGCCAUUACUCGAGCACUUCGUACGGCAAAUCGAACACCAGGACUCUCUGCUCGAUCCCAGCCUGUGCGAUACCCAUCCGCGUCUUCUCAUAUUUCACCGUACGAAUUCGAUCAGUCGGACCGUAACGAUCCAUCCAACCGACCUAUUCAGACCACCGAGCAACAGCCAUUGCAAACACCAGGGUCACGGUUCUCGGGCCCCGUGGGAAGUUACGGCAGCAUCGUUGCCUCCCCACGCCAGUACGUCGAAAGCCCAGACAUCAGGUCGCUCAGGCUUCCGGAUCCUGCUAUCGAUCCCAAUCAGGAUUAUGUGCCAGCAAGCGACAAUAUAGGUCCAAGGAGACCCAAGAACUCAUCGCCGGCCUUCACUCGACGAGUUGCAUCUGCUCCGCCAGAGUCCAACUUGACCAAAGUCCCGACAAGUCAUAAUUCCUCUCUGCAUCGCGAGACUACGCCCGAGGACUCGGAAAUACCGCCUGAAGUGUCGGGAACAUCACCGAACGCGCUCGGAGUCAAUCGUACACCACAGUUCAUUCGGCGUGUCUUUUCAUAUGCAGACGACCCUUCACCCGCGGAUUCGCGACGAGAGGUCGAGAAACGCUAUAGUGAAUUUUUUGUCUGGCUGGAUGAUGAGCUGAAGAAAAUCGACGAUUUCUAUCGUAGAAAAGAGGAAGACGCCAAGGAGCGAUACGACAUACUUCAUCACCAACUUCAUGUCAUGUCGCGGAACCGCCAAGGAGAAAUGAUGGAUGCCAAGCAAGCAGCCGAGGGAAAUGGUCAUGAUACGCCGCAUCGACCGAAAGGACUUGCCGUAUUGAACGCCGCUCACUUAAAAGAAACACUGAAAGAAACACUUACGGGGAAAAACCUUCGGUUUGGAAAGAACUCCGAGUCUCUCGCCCAGCUGGAGACGCCUGGCAUUCGACCAAGGGAUCGCGAAUUCAUGUUCGACCGAAGGGAACAUAUGCAUGAUGAAGAUUCGCCUACCAAAGACCCGGGAUACCGGACCGCUAAACAUCAGCUCAAAGUUGCCAUGCAAGAAUUUUAUCGUGGGAUUGAUCUGCUCCGAGGCUAUGCCAACUUGAACCAAACGGCCUUUCGAAAGAUCAACAAGAAGUUCGACAAAGCAGUCAAUGCGGAGAAGCCCCUGGAAUAUAUGACUGAGCGAGUCAACAAGUCAUACUUUGUCAAGAGUGGAGAAACGGCAAAGAUGAUGCGAAAGGUGGAAGAUUGGUAUGGGCGAUAUUUCGAGGCCGGUAACACCAAAAUUGCCGCCACGAAACUCCGCAGCGUAACGCAGAAGGCCGGAGAUUACUCUCCCAACACGUUCCGUGCGGGUCUUUUCCUCAUGGCAGGACUUUUAUUUUCCAUCCAGGCGCUCGUGCAUGCGGCAAGGCAUUUGUUAUAUGGUGACCUCACCCUGCAGGUUCACACGAGUUACUUGCUACAGGUGUACGGUGGAUACUUCUUGAUCUCAUUCCAUGUAUUGCUAUUCUGCCUGGCUUGCAUGAUUUGGACCAAAUCCAAGGUCAACUAUAGAUUCAUCUUUGAAUAUAAUACUAGGCACACCCUGGAGUGGCGCCAGUUGCUCGAGGUCUCGUCUUUUUUUAUUUUUCUACUUGGUUUGUUCAUGUGGCUUAAUUUUUCGUGGGUCAAUGAGAUGUACAUAUACUGGCCCGUUGUGCUUAUUGGCCUGUCCGUUAUCAUCGUCUAUUUACCAGCACCCGUGCUGUACCAUCAGAGUCGGAAGUGGUGGGUUGCGACGAAUUGGCGCUUGUGGUUCUCUGGGCUGUACAAGACUGUCGAGUUUCGCGAUUUCUUCUUGGGUGAUAUGUACUGCUCCCACACAUACGCCAUGGGGAACAUCGAACUCUUCUUCUGCCUGUAUAUCACAUACUGGAGUGACCCUGUCAGGUGCAACUCAUCACACUCACGAGUAAUGGGCGUCUUCACUUGUCUGCCGUCAUUCUGGCGUGCGUUGCAGUGUGGUCGUCGUUAUGCCAAUGACAAGAAGAACAAGAAACUCUCGUUUCCGCAGGAUGCGUUCCCGCAUCUAUUCAACUUGGCCAAGUAUUUAUGCGGUAUCGCCUACUACAUGUGUCUGAGUAUGUGGCGCAUCAACAGGCAGACGCGAUUCCAAGCGCCGUUCCUCACCUUUGCUCUCCUGAACUCUCUCUACACCUCUAUCUGGGAUGUGGUCAUGGAUUGGAGUUUGGGUAACCCAUAUGCCAAGCGUAUCCUUUUGCGAGAUGAGCUGGGCUUCCGCUAUGCGUGGGUCUACUAUGCCGCAAUUGUUUUGGACGUCGUGGUUCGAUUCAACUGGAUAUUUUAUGCCAUCUUCUCCAACGACAUCCAGCAUUCGGCUUUCCUCAGCUUCUUCGUUGCAUUGUCAGAGGUAUUCCGCCGUGGAGUGUGGUCCGUAUUCCGUGUCGAGAACGAGCACUGCGCGAACGUGAUGAAGUUCCACGCCUCGCGCGAGCCUAAACUUCCAUACAAGUUCGAUCUCACCCGGAGAUCCCGAGAGGGCUCCCGGGCCGACGACGUCCAGCUCCAAGAACAGCACGCCCAAACACCGGUCGUGCCCGUCGUCGACGUCGAGGCUGGAGUCGGAAGCCCAGGGUUGUCAAGUGUGCGCGCUCACUAUCCCUCAGGCCACCCAUCCGGAAGUCUCCGGCGCCUCAGCUUCAGGGCAGGAACCGCCCAUACACAAGACUUUGAGCGCCGGCAGCUUCCGUCCUAUCUCUCCAAUGCCACUGGGACUCAUGGCCAAAGCUCGGAAGAUGAGGAGACUGAUGAGGAAGGGGAUUACACUGAUACCGAAGGUGUUGCGACUCCUCUUGACGAGCAAGACGAAACCCAUUCACCAUCGGGCAGUGCGAGAAUCCGAAAAGAAGUGGAAAGUUGA